UCAGGACUUCGCUGGUACGAAGUUCGCACGACUCUCUCUGGCCUUCCCUCGGUCUUUUUUCGUCAAUCCUCGACCUUACGUCGUGUUACGUCGUCUGAUAAACUUCGUCGACUUUCUCUACUUUAUCAACUAAGGACCAUGGGGAAUCUCAUCAAGACUGACCUUGCCCGUCUCAUCACUCUCACGGCUGCGGUUUACCAAGUGUGGGCGGCACUGUGGGGUUACGCUUACCCAAAGGCUUUCUUUGACAUGCUUACGCCUAUUUUCGACCUGGCCGUCAAGCCCAUUCCAGUACUCCAAACAAUCAACUUCAUCCUCGGACUAGCGACCAUCGC